UGCAAAGGACCCUUAGAUGGCACUGGUGCUCCUAGAGCUGCCAGUGCAUUCAUACACUUAACUUACUCCCAGGGUGAUGGCCUCUAGCCUUGGUACUGUAGGUCACUUCCCACUGAGAAUCCAUCCCCGGCCAACCACAUCCAGGUUGUAGGACUCUGCAGGUCAGCAAACCAGGGCAAGGGAAAGGUGCUGCAACUUUAUGGUCGGACAAACAUUUUAUACUUUUCAUGUGUCAAAGGAUGAUCGUCUUUCAGGAGCAAUGGGCACAGACUGCAGAAACUGCUGCUGCUGGAAGCCAGUAUAGAGGCUCAAGUGAAUGCAGGAACUGAGGUGGGACUUGUGGUUAGGACCAUAUACUGCUGUGAGGACAAGGAACCCAAGAUCCCUAGUCCAUAGUGCCCUGGUUCAGUAUCUGCAGUGACAGUCCUAGAAGCUGAGUUUUGGGUGGCUUCAGUUGCCUGGUCACCACCGUGCCCCACACCCUUGCCAAGUGCAGCUUAGAGAAAGGCCUCUGCUUUCCAUAGGAAUUCCCCCAUCUGGCCCUACCCUUGGUCCAGUUGGGAUAUAAAAUCUCCCUCACAGAGCAGCCUGACAGCCAAGUGGCUCAGCGUCAUGCACAGUCACCUGGCUGGCAGUGUACACAUCACUUAGUGUGAUUCUAAGCCCCCUGACAGCCACAGGAUUUCUACUCACCAGUGAAUGGGACCCUAUGACCAAUGACUGGUGACCCUACCCUAUCACCCUGGCUUGACUCUGCCAGUCCCUCAGUAGAGAACAGCAGAUUAACUGGGCUUCCUCUCGAAAUACAUUUCCAAGAGUUAAGGGGGGGCAUUUUGUAACAAGGUCCUUAAAAGCCACAGUGCAGUGGUCCCAGAAAGCAGUCAAACCUGUGUCCCAAGCCAUUAUAGUCACCUAUCUUUCGUAAGAUGUUACUUGCCUAGCCUAUGCCACUAAACCUGGGACAGUUUCUGAGACUGUGAGCCAUGAGUGCUUGCUAGAAGGACCAAAGUCAGAGGCACCACACUGCGUGGUUGGUGGAACUACAUCCCCACCACUCAAGGCCAGAAGCUACCAGAAUGAACCUGGUCUCCAGUGCUUUUCAAAGACACAAAAUACAAAUAUAAUUCUGGGGCCAAUGAGAAACACCUGCCACCAAACCCCAAACCGAAGGACCUGAGUUCAAUCCCCCAAGACUCAUGGAUGAGCACACCCACAAGUUUUCUUCUAACCUCCACACACAUUGUGACACCCCCAAUCAAUAAUAAAUGAAACAUUAGAAGAAAGUGUAUGUAAAUAGUGGAUACUCGCAGAUACAUGAAGGUAUAGCGUUCACCCAGUACAGACCUUGCGGUCCCUGUGCAGAUGCCCUUGGGCUACUGGCACUGAGCUAGUGCCAGUCCUCCAGCUCCGCGAGUGUACACACCCCACCCCUGCAGCUCUACCCUUCAUCUUCUCUUCUGAAUUCCUGGAAGUAGCUCCACGGCUUGGAUCACAUGCUGCCUUUGCCCCGUGGCAGGGCGCAGGGAAACUAGGGCCUGGAAUGCCCUCCAGGCGUUCUCCCUGCUCAAGACUAAACGGAGAACAAAAUGGCAUAACUGCUAUUGGGGUUGGGGUAGCGGAUCUGGUCACGGCUAUCAAAUUAUAAGGCAGUGGUCAAAACGCAGAAACUCAGGGAGUUUAUGACUGAUCGCAAAGCUGAUAUUGAAAGGCUGGAAUCCUCAGUGGCCAUCAGAGGAGACAGAAGACAUCACCUCUACAUGAUGGUGUUUCACCACCUUCAGAAAUGAGAAAGCUUCCCAGGUGCCAGAGGUCAUGGUCCUAGAAUAUGUUAAUCAAGAGAGGAAGGUGUCAAGUCACACAGUACCCUGGCUAUUUUGCGGGCUAGCAGGAGAGUCCAUAGUCAUUGCGGAGGAAUAUAGCCUCACAAACAGGAGGGCGGGAGAAUGAGGAGGUGGGGUCUGGGUCACCAGGUAGAGAGGGACACUCAAACACAGAAAGCCAUUGGAUAUGGAAUUUGAAGAGGGCCUGGUCAUGCAGGAUGCUGGGGGCAUAGGAAAAGAAGAUCUGCUUGUGCCAAACCUCCCACCACUCUCCAGCUUGGUCAAGAGCCAGGUCCACUCUGCGAAAGAACAAAUGUUUAUGCCAGGUGAGUUCAUGGAAGGGCAGGAAAGGCAAAAGGAGAGAGGGGCUGAACCAAGAAUCAGCAGCUAACCCUCUGGUCUGGCAUUCAGGGGCUGGGACUGGGAGCCUGACGGGCCCCAAAGGCAUCCCCCAACCCCAAUACAUGUUUGGGUUUCCUUCAAGCCCUACCCAGCAUUGCUGCGGUUUCCUCCUGGCGCCUCUGGUCUCUAACAGCGGUGACUCCCCCCACGCUGCACUAAUGGCUCAGCCUGGGGCCCCAGGGACCUUUCCUACCCCUCAGACUGCUCUGCUGGCCCCCCAGCCCCCCUCAUGCUGAAACCUAAUCCUCUGCAGCAGCUUCAGCUCAGUCCUGCUCUCCAGUCCCUGCCUGCCACUACCUCCUGCGCCCUACCUGGUCCUUACUGCAGAGCCCCAGCUCCAAGGAGCCAACGCCUGUUCUGGGGAAAGCAGAGCUGGACCGAAAUUCAUCUCAUCCAGUCCUACCAGGCCAGUACCUCUCAGUCUUGGCUCCUCCCUUCUCUACCCUCUUUUCUACCUUCUCCUUUGCUCUUCUCCCUAUUCCUCGCUGAGCCACUUAACUCCCUCGCCAACUCCCCAACUGUCCAGCCUCUGUCACUCUUUGGAGUCCCUGUACCCAGUCAUCAGUCCCUUCCCUGGACUAUAGCCAUGAAACCCCCCUCAGGACUGGAGGAGGCCCAGCGGCGCCAGGCCUCGGACAUCCGGGUGUUCGCCAGCAGCUGCACAAUGCAUGGUCUGGGCCACGUCUUUGGCCCGGGAGGCCUGACCCUGCGCCGUGGGCUUUGGGCCACAGCUGUGCUUCUGUCGCUGGCGGCCUUCCUCUACCAGGUGGCCGAGCGAGUGCGCUACUACGGGGAGUUCCACCAUAAAACCACCCUAGAUGAGCGGGAAAGCCACCAGCUCACCUUCCCAGCGGUCACUCUGUGUAAUAUCAAUCCAUUGCGCCGCUCCCGCCUCACACCCAAUGACUUGCAUUGGGCUGGAACAGCAUUGCUGGGCCUGGACCCUGCUGAACAUGCUGCCUACCUUCGUGCCCUGGGCCAGGGCCCUGCACCGCCUGGCUUCAUGCCCAGUCCCACCUUCGACAUGGCACAACUUUACGCCAGAGCCGGCCACUCCCUCGAGGACAUGCUGCUGGACUGCCGCUACCGUGGCCAGCCCUGUGGGCCUGAGAACUUCACAGUGAUCUUCACUCGCAUGGGGCAGUGCUACACCUUCAACUCUGGUGCCCACGGGGCAGAGCUGCUCACCACCCCAAAAGGUGGUGCUGGCAAUGGGCUGGAGAUUAUGUUGGAUGUACAGCAGGAGGAGUACCUGCCCAUCUGGAAGGACAUGGAAGAGACCCCGUUUGAGGUGGGGAUCCGAGUACAGAUCCACAGCCAGGAGGAGCCCCCUGCCAUUGACCAGCUGGGCUUCGGGGCAGCCCCAGGCCACCAGACUUUUGUAUCCUGCCAGCAGCAGCAACUGAGCUUCCUGCCACCACCCUGGGGUGACUGCAAUACUGCAUCUGUGGACCCUGACUUUGAUCCAGAGCCCUCUGAUUCCCUGGGUUCCCCUAACCCCAGCCCCAGCCCUCCUUAUAGUUUAAUAGGGUGUCGCCUGGCCUGUGAGACCCGCUAUGUGGCUCGGAAGUGUGGAUGUCGAAUGAUGCAUAUGCCUGGAAACUCACCAGUGUGCAGCCCCCAGCAGUACAAGGACUGUGCCAGCCCAGCUCUGGACGCCAUGUUGCGAAAGGACACGUGUGUCUGUCCCAGCCCGUGCGCCACUACGCGCUACGCCAAGGAGCUCUCCAUGGUGCGGAUUCCCAGCCGCGCUUCAGCUCGCUAUCUGGCCCAGAAAUACAACCGCAGCGAAACCUACAUCGCGGAGAACGUAUUGGUUCUGGACAUCUUCUUCGAGGCCCUCAACUAUGAGGCAGUGGAGCAGAAGGUGGCCUAUGAGGUGUCGGAGUUGCUGGGAGACAUUGGGGGACAGAUGGGACUAUUUAUUGGAGCCAGCCUGCUUACCAUCCUUGAGAUCCUCGACUACCUCUGUGAGGUUUUCCAAGACAGAGUCCUGGGGUAUUUCUGGAACAGAAGGAGCUCUCAAAGGCGCUCUAGCAGUACCCUGCUUCAGGAAGGGUUGAAUAGCCAUCGAACACACGGUCCCCACCUCAGCCUGGGCCCCAGGCCUCCUACCCCUCCGUGUGCUGUCACCAAGACACUCUCUGCCUCUCACCGUACCUGUUACCUCGUCACAAGGCUCUAGACCAGCUGUGAGCACCUGGCUGCACCGUGACAUCCUGGACAUGUCUGGCCUGUACAUCUUUGCCAUCUUCAUGCUAAUAAAGCUCUAGUGCAUGUGC